AUGGAGACGGAGAUGUCUCUCCCUCGAUACCGACCCCUACCGAGAUGUAUUACAUGGACGAUUACCACCGGCGCGGGCACCCCUUGCCAACUGGCGAGUGACCCCCGCCGCCCACGACACAUAGCCCCCGCCGCCCCGACACAUAGCCCCCGCCGCCUACAACAUAUAGCCCCCGCAGCCCACCCCCGCCUAGCACCUAUUGCCAACGCCAACUGGCGGACUCCACGCGACCGCCAACUGGCCGCCGGCGCCCCGCACCGUCUCUCCCCCAACCGGGUUCUGGGUCUCGCGCCUCCCGCCCGCGCCGCCCACGCCGCCCGCCAAGUCGGACCAGCCAACUGGCACGCCCCCUCCCCCGUCUGGGGAGGCGCCCCCUCCGGCCGGGGGGGCCGCCAUGGCUCACCACCCGGCGCGCGAGCCGGCUGGCGCGGGCCGUCUACCCCGGGUCCCGGUGUCCAGACCACCCCCCCGCGCGUACGGGCCCCCGGCACACGCCGCGACACCACAGAGCCCUGCCUUUCUCUGCGCCGCCACGUCGCCCCCGGGGGGCCCUCGGUGCGAGGGCAUGGUCCGCCCACCGGCCCCGGGCCAGACUUCUGGCCCGAUCUCGCCUCACUACAUACCCUCCGACCUCACUUGGGGCGGUUUUAUUCAAACCUAUGUUCAAGUGUACAGAAAUUUGUGAAAAAACGCGAUUUAGUAUGGGGGUGGACCGUGCAUUGGGACCGCCCACCAUUUCAGGCACCCACCCGCCAUGGACGUGGAUGCCUGACGGACUUGGUCAAAAUGGACCGGGUCGGGCAGCCAACUGGGCAUGGCACGUUCGACGUCUUCUCACUAUAG